GAACUCUACGUGGCCCAGCCUAAGGAGGGCCAGCCCGACAUGGACCCCAGGUGCUUGUUGAGAGUCAAGAAAGGCAUCUUCGGACUUGCUGGCGCGCCACGUUCGUGGUGGCGGAAGCUACGCCGAGGUCUCAUAUCUGCUAAUCUGGAGGACGAGAACGGGCAGACCAUCCACGUGAUGCAGUCAAGGCUGGACCCAACUGUGUUCCGCGGACUCAACAAGGAUGGCAUGUUGUGCUCAUUAGUUUGUGUACAUGCUGACGAUUUGUUGGUAGCUACCGAGUCGCAAGCUCUGCGCCGAGGAGUGCGUGGGUUGUUCAAUGUUUGCGAGUGGCGUCGUGUUCCAGUCGUGUUCUGUGGAAAGAACAUGGAGAGGGAUCCGAACGGCGGCUUCGCACUGGACCAGUCUGCCUUUGUUGAGGGCAGAUUCGAGCCUGUGGAGCUGGAGAAGUCCCGGAAGUCGAAGCCUGACUUGGAGUGCAACAGUGCGGAGAUUGCAGACAGCCGGAGUGCCAGCGGGAGUCUUGGGUGGCCAGCUCGUGAAAAGAGGCCAGACUUGUCAUGUGCUGUGUCCAUGGCGCAGCGGACCCGGAACAAGCCUGCGGUCCAGAACGCCCUGGGCCUUAACGCAGCUAUCAACGUUGUCCAGGAGACGGCCCGCGAGAAGUUUCACAUGCCACGUUUGGACAACAGUUCAGCAGGGUGUGUUAUUGUUUACCAUGAUGCCGCUUGGGGCAAUGCGUUGUCCGAGGAGGAGGCCAUUCAGAAGAUGGCGCAGGGCGAGAAGGUCCAUUCGCAGGCGGGCUAUCUUGUUUACAUGUGCGAGCGCCAGGUGGCGGAAGGAGAGCCGGGCAAAGCUAUCCUGGUGGACUGGAGCCACGCCCUGCCGCGCGUGGCUCGGAGUACCUUCGCAGCGGAGGCGCAGAGCUGCACCGAGGCGUUUGACGCUGCGGAGCUCGUCAGGGCGACGAUUGUGGAGAUGAUGUGCGUAGACCUGGACAUCGCCAACAGGGAGAUGCUGGCGAGUAUUCCGGACAGCGGCAAGCUGCUGCAGGAGAAGAGGCUCUUCGUGGACCUUGCAUGGCUGCGCGAGGCGAUGCAGCUCGGAGAUGCA